AUGGUCAAGCUUACUUUCCUCGCCACUGUGGCCGUCUUCCUCUCAACCGCUGUAGCACGCCAGGCCGCAGUCCCAGGCUCGUGCUGCUCCGCGGUCCACGGUGGAUGUCUCGCCAAGGGCGCUGCAGGCUGUGUUUUCUACAACGGCGCCCAGUACUGUGUGCAGCAAAACAACGAUAAUGACUGUAAAGUUGCUUGCCGAAAGCUCCUUCGACAGCCUGAGAGUGCCAAUAACUUCUACCUUUACACAGUCUUCAGAGGAUCAAAUCCUACUUGCUUUUGCACACAGUGGGAUGCAGGCAUAGAAGUCGACAGCUGCUAG